UCUCAACUUGCACCUUGUUCCUUGUCGCGAUAUAUAUAUAUAUAUAUGUAAGUAGAGGGACUGGUUACAGCAGAACUGCACUGAGGAGAGCAGGCUGUGUCUCCGAGGGGUGCUCAGCCCGUUACCAAUCCAAGAGGUUCAUGAGAAUCAACGACUUGUAAAGGGUGAGGAGGGAACGAACAAUCAAGUCCCUCACUGAGGCUGUAGGCCCUCCUCAAACGGAUCUCGGUGACUGAGCUAUACAAGGAUCAUGGCGACGCCGGGGUCCACGCCCGAGACGGAGGGCGAGACGCCGGAAGCUGGGACCGCCCGGUACCACCAGCAGCUGGACCCUGCCCAGCUGCAGGCCAUUAUGCCUUCCCUCAACAUCGACAUGGCCAGGUUCGUGGAGGAGAUUGACAGGGGGAACCGGGACAUCUGCCGGCAGCUGGGGAAGGGCUUCAAGCACCGGAUGAGGAGCGAGCUGAGGCGGCUGAAGACCUUCGAGGACUUCGACCCCUUUGUGAGCUGGAGCCCCGAGGAGAUGGCGAGUCAGGGCCUCUACUACACGGGGCUGAAGUGGUGCGUGCAGUGCUUUUGCUGCGGGGGGGUUUUCUGCAGCACCAGCGUCUCCAGAUCGCCCGGCUCGGAACACCGCCGGUUCGAGCCCGAGUGCGGCUUCGUCAAGCGGCUGGACGUCGGCGACAUCCCCAAGUACGCCCUGCGGGUCCGGCCGCCCGAGGACAUCCCGCUCGGCCAGCGGGAGUGGCUGAGGGAAGCGGGCGCCAGGCUGGAGACCUUUGAAGGCUGGCCCUUCUACGUCAAUGUGGAACCGGGCCUGUUGGUGGCCGCAGGCUUCUUCUACACGGGGGUCAAGGAUCAAGUCCAGUGCUUUUCCUGUAAUGGGAGCUUAAUGAACUGGGAAGAAGAUGACGAUCCAUGGAAGGAGCAUUCCAAAUGGUUUCCAGAGUGUGCCUACCUUCAGAGUGUGAAAUCACCAGCGGAGAUAAACCAGUACGGCUGCAGCUACGUUGGGUUCCAUGGAGUUACGGCGGCACAUUUUCUAACCACUUCAUCUUCUGAGGAUGUUUGCAGCAAGGGAUCGGAUUCCUGGCCGGACCCGGAAGGCAAUUGGAACAUAUUCGCGGACGAGAAGACCCGGCUGGAGUCAUUCCACACCUGGCCACCAGAUGUCAGCGCAAGCCCGGCAGAGCUCGCGGAGGCUGGGUUUUUCUAUCAAGGUCUUGCUGACCAUAUUCAGUGUUUCUGCUGUGGAAUUCAGCUAUCGAAAUGGGAGGAAGGAGAUAAUGCAUGGACAGAGCAUAAGAGACACUCCUCGGAAUGCCCAUUUCUUCUCAGGAGAGAGCAGGCAGGUGCCAGAGAUGUGGAGGGAGAGCAGCUUAAGGAAUUACCCUUCACUACACCGAAUGAGGAACCCGGGGAGACCGAAGAUUCUGUCGGCGGAGAGACACCAUCCAAUGAGGAUAGCUGGGCUCGAACAGCAGGAAUGAUGAGGAGACGUUUAAGGAAACUCUACAGCUCCUCCGCCUUCAGCACCGUCUCCUUCAACGACUGCCUGUCAUUCGACCUCCGCAGGGUCUACGCGGAGCUGCACCUGGUCCUGAAGAGCGUCAGGGACAGGCCGCUGCAGCGGGUCACCCUGGCCGAGUUUCUCCGCGACCUGGACCGGGUGACCGUGCUGGAGGGUGAGGCGGGCAGUGGCAAGUCGGCCCUCCUGAGGAAGGUGGCCACCCUCUGGGGGUCCGGACGCUGCCCCCUCCUGGCCCGCUUCCAGCUGGUCCUGCUCCUGUCCCUGCGCUCGCUCGGGCCGGGCCAGAGCGUGGCCGCAGCUGUCCGGGGCCAGUUGCUGGGGGAGGACGCGGAGCUGAGCGACGGCGCCCUGAGGGAGCUCGUCCGCCGCGCCAGGAGCCGGGUACUCCUCCUGCUGGACGACUAUGGCGAGGCCGACUCUGGGGCCCCCCAGUUCAUCGAGGAGGAGCUGAUCCGCAGGAACCACCUGAGCGGGGCCACGGUCGUGGUUGGGCUGCGGACGAACAGGACCGCCAGCGUCAGGCAGUACGCCAACGCCGUGGUCUCCAUCGCGGAGUUCCCGCUCUACGGCUCCAUCCACAUCUUGAAGACCCUCUUCUCACAUGACCCGCCCCGCCUGCGGAGACUCAUCCACAACCUGGGCUGGUCCAAGACGUUGCAAGGCACCUUGAAGACCCCGGCCUUCGCCCUCGCCGUUUGCCAGCUGUGGGUGCAGCGCCCGCUGGAGGCGUCACUGCACGGUCUCGCCCUGUUCCAAGCCUUCCUGCGCUACAGCCUCCGGACGGGCCGCCGGGGGGAGAGGGCGCAGGCCAGCUGGGCGGCCUGCGGCCGGUUGGCGCUGACCGGGGUCUUCGGGUCGCGCUUUGAGUUCGCCGGCGAGGAUCUCGCUCUGGCCGGGGUGGAGGAAGAGGAGGCCCUGAGGCUGGGCCUGUUGACCAAGUUCACCGCCCAGCGCCUGAAGCCCGUCUACAGGUUCUUCCACGCCUCCUUCCAGGAGUUCCUGGCGGGCAGCUGGUUGGGCGAGCUGCUGGGGUCAGAGGGCGCCGCCUUGCGCCAAGAGGGGCUCAGCUACCUGCGCCGCAUCAACACCUUCCUCCUUGUGUUCACGCGGUACUACUACCUCCUGCUCUACACCGCGGGCUCAUCGACUGGGGCAGCCUCGCACGUGGUCUCCCACCUGCUAGCGAUGACCCGGGUGCCCUCCUCCUUCGACAGCCAGGCCGACCCCAGUCCGUGCGUGCAGCAACACCCCGACCUAGAGUUGGUGCAAGAAUUCCUCAUCCAGAUCCCCUACCUGAUGGAGCCCGAGGACGUGGCGGACCUGGUGACUAAGCGGGUCCUGGCGUUCGCCGUACGGAGCGCGGCCGACAGACGGGGCCUUGCCGCGAUCGCCCCCGUCAUCCUGAAGUUCCUGGGUGGGAGGCCCCUGCAACUGACAACGUCGGACGUUACCCAGGACAGCGUGGUGGAAUUCCUAAAGCUGCACCCGGAGACCCUGCCUGUUCUCAGCCACCUCCAGAUCUCAGUAUUCGGGAAGCAGACGGUCAACAUGCCCAGUUACCCCAAAAUGGCGGAGUGCAUGAGUAACUUCGGGGUGCCGAAAGUGGAGGAAGAUUACUUGACUGCCUUCCAGCCCUUAAAACAGCUGAUGGAGAGAAAUGAGGCAAAAUCGGAAGAAAUCAGAAACUUCUCCUCCAUGAUCGUUCGAUCCAUCCCUGAUUCUUUCAUGAAGGCCUUUGUUUCUGUCCCGGACUGCUACAAGACUCCAAAACUCAAGCUCUGCAUACACAACGUUGAUACCUUGCAAGAGGAUGACUCAAAGCAUCUAUUAACCCUCUGCUCCCUUUCCAACUGCAUUGAGCUCACCCUCUCGCACAGUCAAGGGGUCCUGGCACAGAUGGGACCAGCCAUCGCGCUGUACAGGGACCGGUUCAAGGCACUAGACCUAAACAGAAACAAGUUCAGCCUAGAAGACCAGGCCCUGAUCACCUCAAUGACCAUGGUGGAGUCCCUGGAACUGACCUUCACCGAUGACCAACUUCCAGAGUACCUGCUGGGAAAACUGGACAUGCUGGAACACCUAAGAGAUCUGAAGAUUGAUGCUGGGGCUGGAUCUUCACAGAGAAUCAUCGCCCAAAUCCCGGAGAGAUUCGCAAAGCUACAGGGCAUCGAAAAACUCAUUCUGUCUGGGGUCAACUUGAUACAGGACUCUUUGAAACUAGUUUCCUUCCUCAGGAGCUUUCCCCAAAUCCGGAUCUUCCAUCUGAAGUGUAGCAAGGUCCCAGAGUUUGAGGAGCUCAUCAGCACCUUAGCCUCGUGCUCGGGACUGGAGGAGUUGGUACUGAGUGAUAUUCACCUGUCUCCGACAGAGACCAACGCAUUCGCUGCUGCUCUCAGGGAGCUCCAGAACCUCAAAGUGCUGGAUAUCCCCAGCAUCAGUUUCUCCCACCCUGAGGAAUCGGAGGCUUUCGCUCACGUUCUUGGCUCCCUUGUGAAACUGGAAGAGUUGCACCUCUGUAACAGUGAUGGGACCAUCACUGCUGCCGCUCCACUAACUCAGCAGUUACAGAACCUGCAAUGCCUCAGGGUUCUUGCCAUCACCAAGACUUUGGACGAUCAGAGUUUGGUGAAGCUGGCUAUGGUGGCCAGAAGUGGUCAUCUCUCGAGGCUCCACAAGCUGAACCUGAGCUUGAACGAGGAUCUCAGCGACCUUGGAUGGAGGGAGUUUUUCCAGACGUUGAGCAACACGAAUGAGCUGAGGGAGCUGAACAUAUCUCGAAUUUACACCAACCAACUGAAGCCCCAGCCGGACACCUUCAAGGCUUUUGUGCAGUGUGUCUCCCGGCUCCCAGCCUUAGUGACCGUCUACAUGCUGAGCUGGAUGUUGGACGUCAUGGAUUUCAAUAUGUUCAACGUCAUGAAGGAGAACCACCCUCAGUCUAGAUGUCUGCGCCUGCUGUGGCAAUGGACUCUCCCGUUCACGCCAAUUGUGCAGGCCGAGGGGUAGAGAUGAGCAUCGGAAGGGGGCUGGAGAGGGUAGCUGCCUCCCUGCUACCCCACCCCCCACUCCUCCCCCUCCCCCUCUCCGGUUGGGGAGUCUAGAGCUAGGGUCUCAGGACUUAAGAUGAAGAGAAGGGAUAAGAGGAUCGGGCGGGAAGGUGGAGUCGAGGGAGAACCUCGGCCACGAUCAUAUUGAAUGGUGGAGCAGGCUCGAGGGGCCGAAUGGGCUCCUCCUGCUCCUCUUUCUUAUGAUAUUAAGACCGAUCAGGUUAAGGAUAGAACUACCCAAUCAUGGUCCCGUUGUUGAUUUUGUGGGACCGCUUUUGUUAGGCAUUUUGGGUGAAGGGUUAAGAACAGGCCUCACGUUGUUUGACAUCAUAAUGUGGUACAGCACUAAAUGAGGCUAUUUGGCCCCUUCAAAACUGUGCUAGCUCUUUUCUGGCUUCUCAUCCCCUUGCUCUUUAAUUGCUCUGCAAAUGUUUGUCCCUUCAAGUAUCUAUCCAAUUUCCUUUAGAGCAUUUUUUAAUUCUUUAACAGGAUGUGGGCAUCGCUGGCUGGGCUAGUAUUUACUGUCCAUCCCUAAUUGCCCCUUGAGAAGGUGGUAGUGAGC